CAAAAUCACAAUCAAGUCGACCGUGUAUGGGGUAAUGAUGGUUAUUCUCAAAGCAAUGGCUCAAAAGUUGAACUUCAGCAUUCAGGUCAUAGAACCGCCUGAUCACGCAUGGGGUAAUGAAGACAAUGGUACUUGGACUGGCCUGAUAGGACAAUUACAAAAAAGGGAGGUGGAUAUGGUUGCAGCUACUUUGACGAUUUCCGAAGACAGAGCAGCUGUGAUGGAUUACCUGCUUCCCCCAUUUCGCAGCAACUACAUUUAUGUCAUGUACCGAGAACCGGACGUCGACCAGUACAGAUGGCUGUUGCUGUUAAAACCUUUCAAACAAAUGGUCUUCCUGGUGUUCGGGGUAUGCGUGGCAUGUAUUCUCCUAAUUUAUGGAAUUACAGAAUCACAUCCGAGACAUGGAACGCCUGGAGAUAUUGAACACAGGAAAACAGAAGUCCUGUCGAACAUGGCAUGGUUUAUUCUUGGAUCAAUGCUUAAACAAGGUGGUGCCCACACAUUCACCGGUGUAUCUGGUCGGGUUCUAACAUUUUUCUGGUGGAUCUUUCUCAUUGUCAUAACGUCUGUCUACACUGCAAAACUUGUCGCCUUCCUGUCUGUGAAGAAGUCCGAACCUCCACCAUUUACCAAUCUUCAGGAACUCUCUGAAAGACUUGAUUAUUCUAUAGGUUUACCGAUCGAGGGUUUCAUUCGAACAUAUUUACAGAAUUCCAAGAGGGAUGACAUAAAAAAGAUAUGGAAAAGAGUCAAACAACAAAAUGUGACAGAUCCUCGAGUUUUCUCGACUGACUAUAACUACCAUGUCAAUAAAGUGAAGAAAGAAAAGUAUGCCGCCUUUGCAUCCACGUUCAUCGUGGAUGCCUACAUGGCUGAGAAUUGCAAACUCACUUACCUCAGGGACUGGAUUCUGUUCGAACAGAUGGCUUUUGGCGUCCCUAAAUCCUCGCCCUUGAAGUCGGAGUUGGAACGUGUGAUGCACAUGAUGGUGGAUACUGGGUGGAUAGAAAAAUAUAUGCGUGACAUUGGCCUUUCGCCUGACAAACGUCGAUGUAUCUCUGAGAAGCUUGUAACGCCAGUGACACUUGACGAAAUCGGCGGAGGCGUAGCAGCAGUGGCAGCAGGUAUGGGACUGGCACUUGCAAUCCUGGCUGUAGAAUGCCUCUAUCAUUACAUCAGGUCACGGUAUGGAAAUGAAACAUAGGCCUCGUCCUGAAUCUUAUUAUGUUCUUCUUAUUAUUUGUAUUUAUGUGAAUGAACUGAUGUACACCUCACUCACUCACUCACCUUUGCUUUUCUGUGUGUCACUGAAUCCUUUAAGCUUUUUGCUUAGCAAAGAGGAAGGUUAUCAUCCUGGACCCCCUCAGCACACAUCCCCAACACUCCGGACUGACCUCCUUUACAUGGAUGACCAAUGGAGGAUCAACACUGAGAAACAGAUUCUCAUUGUCAAGUCAUUUUCUAAUCGACAUGUCUUUGGACUCGACAAAUGCAACCUUCUUCAUCUGAAACGUGGCAAGGUUGAAGAUGGAGGAUCAGUCAAUUUACUUGGGGAAGGAGUUACUGACCAUCUCGUGAGGCCUAUACGUACUUAGGGAUGCAGGUUAGGGACAAAC